CGGGUGUGUAAACUUAACAUAUGGAUCAGGCUGGGUGGUUACAAGCCGUUUAAAAUCACCGCUAUUUUCUUCCCAUGCUCCUCUCCUAGGAUAUAGUUAAGUAGUGUCGUCUUGCCCGCGCCCAAAUAGCCUACAACGAACGCACUUUUAUUUUAGCUAACAACAGUCGUAUUAUUUCUUUACUGGACAACACAACAACUCCGCAUCCACUUACCUGUUACUAUUGUGAUAGGGACUUUCUUGAACUUCCGCUCAGUAGGUGACUUUGCCGCCGUCUCUUCCUCGAGGGCGUCGACAUCAACCAGUUCAGGCGGGCCUUCCUCAUCGCCGUCUCUAAAGUUCAUCUUCUAUUUACCCAAACAAAAGAAGUUUCGAUUGCAACCAAAACAACAGUAUCCGGAGGAGGAAGCUGGACAAUCUUUGCUCUGGUAUCCUAUCGACUCGCCCAGGAGUUAGUUAAUAAAUAACUUAUCUCCACGACUCUACCCCAGCAGCUAUAUUCGGCAGGGUUUAGGGCUUAGGGCUUGUCGGGGCGGCAGAACUAGCCUCCGCCAUGGCCUUGGAUUGGUGCUUGUUCGAGCCAACGUCAGAGCUUCACCAGCGGGCGUCGGGCAGCGAAGACGACGACGAAGACGACGACGGCGACGACCUCCAGGCUCUCUUCCCGCUGUUCCCUACCAGCCCUACCACGACGUAUCCUCCCCGUCUGCGCCAGCCUGCAAUGACGACUGCUGGUGCUUCUCCCUCGAGCUCGCCUCGAUUGCCUAGUCCCCCGCCGUUCACAGAGGUGCAGAUUGGGCCUCAAUCCCCUACGGUUGGCGAAGGGUUUGGAGCUACCAGCGAAGAGCUCCUGGGGCUACCGCAUGAGCCUGACGAUGCGUCGAUGCGGAGAAUACGUCCGGGGACCAAAUCUGCAGACAUGGCCUCAGGUCCUCCUCUGGUUCCUCUCUCCCAACUCGAUUCUCCAUUCCAAUUACAAGAGCACCUCAAAGCCUUGUAUCAGCACUAUACCAGACCUAGCGACUCCUCGACUCUAAAUCCCAUAACUCGUGACAUUGCGCGGUUUCUUGCGGAGCCUCCAGAAGGAGUAGAAAGAUCGCUAUGGCUAUAUGAGCUUUGUCGAUUUCUCACCAUGAAGGCUAAUAACCUGAUUGUUGCCUUUUUUGCGGAAGACCCGCCGUGCUCUGCUCAAACAUGUCCCGAAAUGCGUGCCUCCGAAUGGCAAUACUUAUGUGCCGUCCAUGAUCCGCCUAAAUCAUGUUGCGCCAUCGAUUACUGCUGUCACACCCUUGACUGGGCGGCGAAUAUCCUGACAUCACCAAAAUACUUCCCAAGCAGAUUGACUCUUGGCUCGGAGUCAUCUGGAGGGCCCCAGACGAGCAUGAAGCAUCUUACCAACAUUUUUCGCCGCGUUUAUCGGAUCUUUGCACAUGCGUGGUUCCAGCAUCGCGAGGUAUUUUGGCAGGUUGAAGGCCACGAUGGACUAUACAUUUUCUUUAAGACGGUCUGUGAUAUUUAUAAUCUGAUACCGGAGGAUAAUUAUACGGUCCCAAGAGAAGCAGAAGGGCUCCAGCCACCGAACAACGUGGCUCCUGAACGUGACUCCAGUAGACGGAUGACCAUUAUGCGGAAAGAGUCAGAAACACAGGCAGAAAAGCCAGUUCCCGGGGAACAGUCAGAGCAGGCAUUAAAUGUUGCGGCAACAACCAGACGGCACAAGGCCUCCCCUUCAGUAGGGGCUAUUGUUUCAACUAUCACAGAAGCAGCCGAAGAUGAUGGCCCCAACAAAAAUGCCCAGGCAGCUGAGGAGGAUGACUCUGUUGUGAAACUCCCAGAUACUUCCGUUUCUGAUAAGGAAGGUGACCUGUUACCGGUCCCAUCAGAAACUCCCGCAAAUGACCCAACCCUGGCGGAAGAUAGCGUUAUUGAAACCCCCACACCUGACGAUGAUGGGCUGGACAAUCCAGAAAUCGUCCAGCAAACAUCAGAAAGCGAUCCACUCGAACAGAGUGAGAAAACUAGCGAUUCACUCGAAGAGAAAGAGCCGAAUGAAACCGACAUAUUGGAGCCUGCUACUCUAGUUAUCAAUUCUAAAGCUAUAAACGCAGAUUCGUCAGAUGACAAACCAACAAUCCUUGAAUCAGAGACGUCGAAAUCAGACAAAACACCAGUAAAUGAGACUGCUGAUAAGGGAUUUGGUAGCCCUAGUAGUCCCGGAAGUCCUGGCAGUCCCGAAGCUCCUACGACCGCGAUUGAAGUCAAAGCAGCUGACUCGGACAAGCCUUUCUAAUUAUCUUCUCCUUUCCCAGGCUACUACGGUUAAUUAUACGUUCUGUUUAUAACUUCCUUUACUCAAGAGAACCUUUCGGCCGGCGUCUAAUUUUCCAGAAUAUAUAAUCCCCUUUAUUGAUGGGUGUACAUGAUGUACCGUUUGCAGAUGUAUAUCUUGAUUCCUUUAUUUUCUUUGUUUACUUUCUCGUUCUUGUCUUCCUUUUAUGGUUUGUCUCUACAUAUUUCGUUCUGAGCGGAUAUUCCCAAAUGAUGAUAUUCCUGGGCUUUUUCUUCUUGCUAUUCGAUUCCCCCCUCUUACUACUUCCUCUAUUGACCGCAAAUUCGCUAUAUUUUUUCAUUGAGGAAAUUGAUUAUGGCGCUGGGAUGUUUGCGGAUUCGGGCAGUGAAAUAUACCGGGGUGUAUGUAUAUGGAAGUAGAGUUUGGAUAGAUGCCCCAUAUCAACCUUUUACUUAAGUUUACUGUUAGCAGUUGAGGGAAGCGGACUUUUCCACUUCUUCACUUCCUUCGUGCCGGGAGAUAUUUAGCGGAUGAGUAAUUAUGGCUUAACCCGAUAACUAUAGAGUCUAGACAGCGAUUAUGUCGGACAUUUAUACACAAUCGCUGUACGCCGUGUCAACGGGUUUAUUAUCCGAGUUAGAAUGUCAGGGGCAAAAUGAAAGUGAGGUCUAAUGCCUAAUUUAUGUGUGCACCAUCUCUGUGGCACUGUUAGUCCGACAGAAAUAUCUCAUGCAAAAGGUACUGGCUGGACAGAAGUCAUCUGAACCCAAGCAAUGGGGCUUCCAAUACACAGAUUGCUGUGGGAAAUGCAGUUUACGGCUCUGGUUGGUAGGUCCAGACCUUGAAUCCCGUCGCAUGGAAGAAUUCAUAUUUCAUACAAAAAGAUUGUCUGACUACAAUCUUCAUACUAUAACUUUCAAUCAUAGCUCCUAAAUACAGAUAUCCAUAAGAGCUUUGUCCCGCGCUGUCGAAGGUUAGGCUCUUUCUUUCUCUCUCCGAACGAAAUGUCGGUUCCAUGACACAAAAGCGUCGUUUCAGUAACCAGAAGGUAUAUAAAAUGGGGUGAGAGAGAUGAAAUGGAAAAAAAAAUGGAAAAAAAUAGCUUCAGAUCUUAUUAAAAAUUGGUUAAAAAUGCGAAUGAAAAUAUAAAAAUGUCAUAGCUCAUAACAUCGUGAAAUCUUGCACGGCAAUUGCUACCGGCGAUGAAAACAGGAAGAGAAA